AUGUCUCGAGCUUCGAAAGUUACGCUAGGAGUCACUUCCCUUGUGACGGCCGGCAUUGUCUACUUUGUUCACUGGUCUCAGGAAUCAGAACGGUUGGCGAUGCAUGCUGGCGUUGAGCGAGAUAUGGAACAGCAGCGAAUCAAGCGUGAGCGACAGGCGGAUUUCGAGAUGCAGAAACGGCUUGAGGAGGAGUAUAAAAAGCUACAAACUGUCUCAGACAGUGUUCCACCGCUUAACAUAUCCGGGAACAAAGGCGUGAAUCAACAGACAUAG